CUGGCCGAGGUGACCCGGCACCUGCGUUUAGGGGUGUCACCCUGGCUCCCGGGACGCCGCCUCCGGAGAUUUAAGCGAGAACUGGAGUAGGUAGUGUACUUGGAGAGGACGAGGAAGCCAAGAGCUCCGACAGAGGUGGAGAGGGGCGGGAAGCGCAACAGGUCACCUAGAGGAAGCCCCAUACUGACCUCCUCAUGCUGCUGACACAGGCAGGAUGGCAUUGAACUCAGGGUCACCUCCAGGAAUCGGACCUUGCUAUGAGAACCACGGGUAUCAGUCUGAGCACAUCUGUCCUCCGAGGCCACCAGUGGCUCCCAAUGGCUACAACUUGUAUCCAGCCCAGUGCUACCCAUCUCCAGUGCCCCAGUAUGCUCCGAGGAUUACAACACAAGCCUCAACAUCUGUCAUCCACACACAUCCCAAGUCCUCAGGAGCACUGUGCACCUCAAAGUCUAAGAAAUCGCUGUGUUUAGCCCUCGCCCUGGGCACUGUCCUCGCGGGUGCUGCUGUGGCUGCUGUCUUGCUUUGGAGGUUCUGGGACAGCAACUGCUCUACGUCUGAGAUGGAGUGUGGGUCUUCAGGCACAUGCAUCAGCUCUUCUCUCUGGUGUGACGGGAUAGCACAUUGUCCCAAUGGAGAAGAUGAGAACCGGUGUGGUGAGUUAUCCCUGGCCCUGGAAGCACAAGGUGAUAUCCCUUUGAAGAAGUAUGAGCUGGAAUGCGGGGUUCGCUCAGUGAAACGCCAGAGCAGGAUUGUGGGUGGAUUGAAUGCCUCACCAGGAGACUGGCCCUGGCAGGUCAGCCUGCACGUCCAAGGCGUCCACGUCUGCGGAGGCUCCAUCAUCACCCCCGAGUGGAUUGUGACAGCCGCCCACUGUGUGGAAGAACCCCUCAGCAGCCCGAGGUACUGGACGGCAUUUGCGGGAAUUCUGAGACAGUCUCUCAUGUUCUAUGGAAGUAGACACCAGGUAGAAAAAGUAAUUUCCCAUCCAAAUUACGACUCUAAGACCAAGAAUAACGACAUUGCUCUCAUGAAGCUGCAGACACCUUUGGCUUUUAAUGAUCUAGUGAAGCCAGUGUGUCUGCCAAACCCAGGCAUGAUGCUAGACCUAGACCAGGAAUGCUGGAUUUCGGGGUGGGGGGCCACCUAUGAGAAAGGUGAGGCUUUGGGUCACACAGGAUGGGACACUGAUUUCCACAGUGGGACCCCUUCAUUUGAAUCCCAGUUCAGUUAUUCAGUGGUUUCUGGCUUUGGACAAUUUGGAGGGCCGCUGGUUACUUUGAAGAAUGGGAUCUGGUGGCUGAUUGGAGACACGAGCUGGGGCUCGGGCUGUGCCAAGGCACUCAGACCUGGAGUAUAUGGGAACGUGACGGUAUUUACAGAUUGGAUCUACCAGCAAAUGAGGGCGAACAGCUAAUCCACGUGGCUGGGAAGUUUGUCCCAGACUUCCUUUGUCUUCAACAACCUUCUGCAAGAAAACCAAGAGCCUGAAUUUUAACUUCCUGUGCA